GAUCUUUCAGAUUUGCAUUCAAUGUUGAUCUUGAUGCUCCAAAAGUUAGAAUUCCUCUCAGAUCUCGUGGUUCAGCCAGAUGUGAUAGUCAUUUUCUUUUGGACUUUGGUCAUUUUACACUACACACUGCGGAAAGCCAGUCUGAUGAGCAGAGGCAUAAUCUUUAUUCUCGAUUUUACAUAUCAGGACGUGAUUUUACUGCCUUUUUUACGGACUGUGGCUCUGAUUUUGGGAGUUGCAGUUUGGUUAAACCAACUCAUGAUAGUCAAAUAAUAAUCUCACCAUGGGCCAAAGAAGCUGAUAAUGUGUAUUCUGUCAUUGAUAGGUGUGGAAUGGCAGUACUUAUUAAUCAGAUUAAAGUGCCUCAUCCAAGUUACCCAUCGACAUGUAUAUCCAUUCAAGUGCCAAAUCUUUGCAUUCACUUUUCACCAGAGAGAUUUUGUAGAAUCAUGGAACUGCUGAGCAUAUUGCGCAAGACUAUGGAAACAUGUAAUCAGCCUACACCUGAUAGUUUACACUCUAAACUUGCUCCUUGGAGUCGUGAUCUAGUUGUUGAUGGUAGAAUCCUAGUUUGGAAGGGAAUUGGGAAUUCAGUUGCUACGUGGCAAACAUGUUUUCUGGUGCUUUCGGGGUUAUAUCUUUAUGUAUUUGAAACUGCAGAGUCUCAGAGUUACCAGCGAUACCUAAGGGCAUGGAUUAUAGGAAGUGGUAAUGGUGAAGAUAGAAUUGCUCCACUGUUUGUGUUAAGCUCCUCUUUCAAAAAAUAAAAUGGUGAAGACAGAAUUGAUGUAGGAUACAAUAUUUUAGUUUUUGGUACAGUAUUAGUAGUAAAUUUUAAGUGGUUUCAUGUUUAUUUUGAUAUAGCUAUGUUUAAUUUAGUGUGAGAUGUAUGAAUAUUAAUACUUUUGGAUCAUUAUAAAUAUAUUUUAUUUACAGA